AUACGUAUUACGUUACUGGACAUGGCUACCUGCUGGAACCUUUCCCGUCCAGCCUGCAGCACAAGCAGCACACACAUCUCACAUACCCAGCGCGCUCAACCACGAUUAAACUAUUCGUUCACUUGAUAUCAUCAAAUCUGCCGUUGACACUGAAUUAAGGAAACUCGUUCAUUCAUCAUGAAUUCCACAUUGGAAGCCGUCUCUGACGCACCCCUCCACCCCUACUAUCCUCUGGGGGUUGUCAUUACUGGCUUCGUUGCCAAGACGCUCUCUACGGUUGAGAUCCUGAGCAUCUUCACCGCUACGUGCUUGAGCAUUCUAGUCCCGACAUGGGCUUACAUACGCCGCUACCGACCUCAUCUUUCUCUGGGGGAUCGUUCGAUCGCGUUAUGGUUUGUUCUCUGCGGGUCUAUUCACCUGGGCUUGGAAGGUUAUUUCGCUCUGCGCGCGCAUGACCUGGCGAGCCGAUCGACCGUCCUCGCACAGCUCUGGAAGGAGUACUCGAUGUCAGACGCGCGGUACCUGACGGCCGACAGCUUCGUGGUGUGCAUGGAGACCAUCACCGCCGCCUUCUGGGGGCCGCUCUCUUUCGUGUGCGCCUGGUGCAUCGUCAACGACCACCCGCUACGCCACCCGCUGCAGUCCAUCAUCAGCCUGGGACAGCUGUACGGCGAUGUGCUGUACUAUGCAACUUGCACCUUUGAUUCAUUGGUCUCGGGAAUCGCUCAUUCCCGCCCGGAACCCGCUUACUUUUACGGCUACUACGUGUUCUUGAACGCGUUCUGGAUUGUUAUCCCCUUGAUCCUGCUUGUUCAGAGCACGCGGGAGACGGCCCGGGCUUUUGCCAGCGUCCAGAGAACUUCGAAGCGCUGAUGUCCCGGUAGCAGUAUUUAGCUUCUCGCAAGCUCGUCAGAGUCGUCCUGCCUAACCUUGGGAUCUUCCAUAUCAGAACCACCAUCCGGACCAAGCUUUAGUAGGGGGUUUUAGGUCAAAUGUGAGCACUAAUGUUUAUGUAGCUGAGUUAGCUCAUUCCGUCAAUGCGAUGCGUUCUAUGCUACCACGAA